CCCGGUGCGCGGCCCUCGCCCCAGGGAAAGGGGUCCGGUGAUCCCGGGGGUCGUGGUGUGGCGUCCCUCUCUGCGGUCACAGGAGCCCGGCAGCGCAUCGUGAUGCACCCCGAGCCCCCACAUUCCUGAAUUCCUCAGCCCAGCCCGGAGAACCCUCUGAAAACCACGCAAAAACCCCAAAAUGAGGUUGUUCCGCCGCCGCUACAGCCCCUUGAAGGUGGCCUUGGCGGGCGCCGUCUUCGUCCUCUUCGUCUUCAUCCUCCAGAGGGACGCGGGCAGCAAGGAGCCGGGCGAGGAGCCGUGGCUGCGCAACAUCGUGCAGGGCAAGGGGCAGGUGCUGGACCUGAUGCUGGGCGCCGUGCGGGACCUGCGGGACUCGAUGCCGCGGCUGCAGAUCGGGGCCCCGGAGCCGCCGCCGGAGCCCCCCCCCCCCCCCCCGCCCGGCGUCUACACCGCGGCCGAGCUGCGGCCGCUGAUGGAGAGACCCCCGCAGGACCCCGCCAGCCCCGGCGCCGACGGAAAAGCCUUCAAGAAGGAUCGCUGGACGCCCGAGGAGACGAAGGAGAAGGAGAGGGGUUAUGAGAAGCAUUGCUUCAACGCCUUCGCCAGCGACCGCAUCUCCCUGCAGAGAGCGCUGGGCCCCGACAGCCGCCCCCCCGAGUGCAUCGACCAGAAGUUCAAGCGCUGCCCUCCCCUCCCCACCACCAGCGUGGUCAUCGUGUUCCACAACGAGGCCUGGUCCACCCUGCUGCGGACCGUUUACAGCGUCCUGCACUCGUCCCCGGCUCGGCUGUGUGGGGUCAGGGGGAUGCAGGAGCUGAGAUGGGGAACCUCGCGGUGCCCCAGGGUUUCAUUGCCCCAGAACUCAACUCCCACCGUGGCUGGACAGUACCUGAAGGAGGAGCUGGAUCGCUACGUGGAGCAGCUGCAGAUCGUGCGCGUGGUGCGGCAGCGGGAGCGCAAGGGGCUCAUCACGGCGCGGCUGCUGGGGGCCAGCGUGGCCAGCGGGGAGGUGCUGACCUUCCUGGAUGCCCACUGCGAGUGUUUCCACGGGUGGCUGGAGCCGCUCCUGUCCCGCAUCGCCGAGGAGCCCACGGCCGUCGUGAGCCCCGACAUCGCCACCAUCGACCUCAACACCUUCGAGUUCUCCAAGCCCGUGCAGAACGGGAAGCAGCACAGCCGGGGCAACUUCGACUGGAGCCUGACUUUCGGCUGGGAGGUCAUUCCUGCUCGGGAGAGGCAGCGCAGGAAGGACGAGACCUUCCCCAUCAAGUCCCCGACCUUCGCAGGUGGCCUUUUUGCCAUCUCCAGGUCCUACUUCGAGCACAUCGGCUCCUACGACGACCAGAUGGAGAUUUGGGGGGGUGAGAACGUGGAAAUGUCCUUCAGGGUGUGGCAGUGCGGGGGACAGGUGGAGAUCAUCCCCUGCUCCGUCGUGGGCCACGUGUUCCGCUCCAAGAGCCCCCACACCUUCCCCAAGGGCACCCAGGUGAUCUCCCGGAACCAGGUGCGCCUGGCCGAGGUCUGGAUGGACGAUUACAAGGAGAUCUUCUACCGCCGCAACCAGCAAGCCUCGCAGAUGGCCAGAGAGAAGACGUUUGGUGACAUCACCGAGCGGCGCAGGCUGCGGGAGCGGCUGCACUGCAGGAAUUUCACCUGGUACCUGCAGAACGUCUACCCCGAGAUGUUUGUGCCCGACCUGACCCCCACGUUCUACGGAGCGAUAAAAAAUGAGGGCACCAAGAGCUGCCUGGACGUCGGGGAGAACAACCAUGGUGGGAAACCUCUCAUCAUGUACCCCUGCCACGGGCUGGGGGGCAACCAGUACUUUGAGUACACGAGCCAGCGGGAGCUGCGCCACAACAUCGGCAAGGAGCUGUGCCUGCGAGCGGGCGCGGGCGCGGCCGAGCUGGGCGAGUGCCAGUUCCGAGGGAAGCCCGGCCGGGUGCCCGCCAGCGAGGAGUGGGAGCUGGCACAGAACCGGCUGAUCAAGAGCUUGGCCUCGGGGCUGUGUCUGACGGCCCGGGGGAAGCACCCGGCGCUCGUUCCCUGCGACCUCACGGACCCGCACCAGCUCUGGUCCUUCACCUAAAGGGGAGCGGAGCCCCCGGCCACGCUCAGGAAACCAGGAUCCAAAAAAAAAACCUUCCUCCUCCGCUUGAAUUUAAGACGUGAAAGCCUUAAAUAUGCUGCAUUUCGUGGUUGCCUUGAACUGACCCCCGUGCCUUUGGGAGGCGGGGGCGCCCCGCGGACCCCGAAACGCAGCGGUCGAGGCGGGGACGCUCCUGCGGAUGCUCCUCGGAAGCCGCUGCUCUUCCUCCCCAUGCCGGCUCCAGCCAGAGCCUCUUCAGUUCAUAUCGGGCAUUAAAAACGUGGAUGCGCCUCCUCAGAUGGGGAAUCCGGGCGGGAGAUUCCGGCGAGGAGGAGGAUGGUGACCGUGGGGCUCCUCCCGUCCGGGGGGGAUCGUGGCUUGCGGUGGCCCCUGGUGGGCAAUGGCAGGAGUUGGGAUCUGUGCCUUAGGAAUCAAGUUGGACUUGGAGGGGAGAGCAAGCUGGAUUGUUGUUUUUAUUAUUGUUAUUACUAAAUGAUAAAUAUUCCGGGGUGCGAUUCUGCUUGUACUGAGCAGGAAGGGUUUUCCCUGGAUGGCACCACAGAAUCCUCCUGAAGAAGGUCCCAGGUGCCACAUCUCGGGUCUUUUUGUCUAUUUUAACUCCUGUACCUGCCAUUUUUGUUGCCAUUUCAUUCAUAGUAGGGGGGAAAUCCUCCUGGACAUGACAGGAGGGGGGAGAACAGGUCCUAGACACACAACCUCAAAUAAAGAGAUGAUUUAUUUUACAAAAAUCCUGUCUCUGGUGCUUCUAAGCUCCCCACCUUCAC